UUGACGCUGGAGUGAAGAUGGCGGCGGGAGGGAGCGGCGGCGGCGGCGGCGGUUCCGGCUUCCUCUGCCGGCUCCUCCUGGCCCUCCUGGCCGGGCUGCUCUCGGGGGGGCCCGCGCAGGCCCGGCUCCACCAUCUCACCCUCAAGGACGACCUGCGUCAGAAAGUGCACCUCAACACAUUUGGCUUCUUCCAGGAUGGAUUCAUGAAGGUCACAGUCAGCAACCUCUCGGUCAAAUCCCUGGGGGAGAGCGACAAAGACAUUCAGGUGGGCUUCAGCCUAGAUCGAACACAGAAUGAUGGAUUUCCCACUUACCUGAAUGAAAAAGUGGAUUAUUGCGUCUUGAAUCAAAAGCCAAACCACGAAGUCUUGGUCAUCAUUUUGCUCCUGGAUUUCUCCAAGAAGCUGGUCAAAGUGAAGUUUGAAAACAAAGCUCCACAGUUGCCUGAAAUUGUCUUCGGCGAAUCCCAAGCAACGGGUCCUCCAGGACUUUCAGAGAAAUCCGAACCAAAGCAGCCGCCUAAGGACAACACGACGGAAGUCCAGGCGCCUGCUGAGCGAACGCACCCAAUGCAAAGCGGGAACAAUAGUUUUUCAUUCCAGUUCACCAUCAAUUCAAAGGAACAAGAAGGACUUUACAGUCUUUAUUUCCACAAGUGCACCCUGGGGAAUGUGCGGACUGAAGACGCUUCCUUCAGCCUGGAUAUCGCGAUCACGGAACAGAAUCCAAACAGCUACCUCUCCGCUGGAGAAAUCCCACUUCCCAAGCUGUACAUUUCCAUGGCGUUUUUCUUCUUUCUGGCUGGGGUCGUGUGGAUCCACACCCUCCGGAAGCUCAGGGCUGAUGUUUUUAAGAUCCAUUGGCUGAUGGCUUUGCUUCCUUUCACCAAGUCCCUUUCUCUAGUCUUCCACGCGAUCGAUUACCACUAUAUCUCCACGCAGGGCUACCCCAUCGAGGGCUGGGCUGUCGUCUAUUAUAUCACACACCUGUUAAAAGGCGCCCUGCUGUUCAUCACCAUUGCUCUCAUUGGUACGGGCUGGGCUUUUAUUAAGCACAUCCUCUCCGAUAAGGACAAGAAGAUAUUCAUGAUCGUCAUCCCGUUGCAGGUCUUGGCAAACGUGGCCUUCAUCAUCAUGGAAUCCACCGAGGAAGGCACGACAGAAUACGGGCUGUGGCAAGAGAUCCUGUUCUUGGUAGAUCUCCUCUGCUGCGGGGCCAUCCUGUUCCCCGUCGUAUGGUGA